AUGGCUUACACAUCCCACAUCAGCUGCCCUCCUACCACUAAUGCACUCUCAAACCAGCAACGCAGUCAAUUGCUCCGCACGACCCAAAAGUUAGGCCGUAUUUUAGGCACGACUCCGGCUUUGCUUGAAGAGAAGGAAGAGAUGCCAUUGCAGCUCCCUCUCAACCUCCAAAGACUUGCCGUACCCCUGCAUGUGCAGCUCUCCUCGAUGUACUCUGAUGAUGAUGCCCUCGUUCGAUAUCCUUCCUCCGACACCCUCUUCUCGUCUGAUUACGAUACCCCGUCCUACAUCAAACGGCCUCCUUCGUCAGCUUCUGACCGGUCGCGACGCAGUGUCGACUCUGGAAAGUCGGUACAAAUAAACGAAUCUUGGCCUCGUCCACAAACAGAGAGGCCAUUUCUGCGCAUCAAGGUGGAUAACUCGUCAAAACUGGAAUCCAUUCCACAGUCACCUCCUGCCGAGUCUUACUCGCCUCCGCCAGCCUACUCUUUGCAGUCGCCUCAUACGAGCUACACCAUUCCUGCGUCGAGAAUACCAGUUACAUCUCAGCACACAUCCCCAUUUGCUGUGUUGCCUUCGGCAAAUAGCAUGCGACGCCAAAAGAUGGACAAACUUCGUCGCACUCUUGGAGACGGUGUUCCGUUGCAUAUGGUUUUCCCGGAUGAUACGAGCCCAGACGACUCCCCACUUUCGUCAAGUUCGGAAGAAGACCUUCCUAUCCUUAUUCCCCAACGGCGAAUUCGCCAUGCCCGCGACUCUCUUUUGCUGCCUUCGCGUAUUCCCACUGAAAAGAAGCUGAGCAUAAUCGCCGAGCGCGAAGAGGCUUACCUUUUCCAUCCCCCGUCGCCCUCAGAACGCGGAUCGGUUGACUCUGACCGCUAUGAGGGUGAUACUGAAGGUGAUGCUACGAGUACCAUCGCCAUCAACCGUCGCUCUUCACAAGGCUACCCGCACAAAAUUAAACGUGUGCCCGUACCCGUUGCAUGA